AUGGGAUCGGGCAGCAGCCGGCUGGGAUCCUGCCAAUCUCCUCGGGAUGGGGCCGGGACCCACCAACGCCGACGGCCCACCGUCAAACGUUCUCUUUCCUCUAUCCUUGUUUGCGGUGCCUCUUCUUCUCAGUCUCCCGACGAGAUGGAAGAUGAUCCAGCUGAAUUGCUGGUGAAUUCUGCAGAACAUUAUCAUUCAGAAAAGCUCAAACUCCCAAGAAAAUAUUCCGCUUCACCCCUUGGUAGCGUAGCUGACCUUGCCAACUGUAAAACUGAAAAUGGGAUCCCAACAGGAAGACCUAUGAUUGCUAAUGAGAAUCCUGGUCUUGAAUGUAGUCCAAGCCAUGCUGACACAAGUGAUAAAGGGAAAUGCUUGUCUGAAAGUAGAGAAUUAGUUCCUUCUGAUCAAUCAAUCAUCAGCUCUAGGACUCAUGAAACUGCCAGCACUUCGUACAUAAAUCAACCAUCUUCUAUUUCAGCAUCUGCAAAUGAAAGGUCCACUAUUGAUGCUGUCAAUGGGAUAAAGAGCAACAUAAAUGGAAAUUCAUCUCAACUUGGUGCAGGGCUGACCGAUUGUACUGAUGCACCUUCUCUCAGGCUCAAUUCUUCCUCAGAUGAAAUUUCAGUUGAAAAUAAUGUCAAUGAAGCAAUUUAUUUUUCUUUCUCUGAUUCUUGUUCUGGGUCUGCUUCUGCUGUUUCGGAGUCACCUAUACAUGCCGAUUCACCAAGAAGUGAUACUGCACAGGAGGUAAUUCCUUCAGCUUUAGGACAUCCCAUGUCAGAAAGAGAAUACACUAGGCAAGAUACAAGUGUACUGCAUGUUGAUGUGCCGAGCACCUCCUCUGAUAUUUUGCCUAGUAGUUCUGCUGAAAUAAGCAGUCGUGAAACAAGAAAUAGUAGAAGACUAUUUUGGGAUGCUUUCUCAAGACGCAGUUCUAGAGGACAUACAGAUUCGAGAACCUUUGUUUUCCCAUCUGGUGACUCUGAUAUGUUGAGAUCUCAUGACAGAUGGCUUCUUGAUUUUAGUGGCGACUUCUUUAAUAGUGGAGUUGGGGGAGAUUUUAGAUCUUAUGGAAGCAGGACUCAAGGCAUAAAUGAUCAAAGACGGCGUUCUAGAUCUGAGAUCUGGGAAAGACUUCGUGGUGGUCUUGAUCCAAGUGAACAACGCAUUGCAGUUUGUCCUAGAGGGAUACACGCUGAUAGCACAUGCUCAUGUCAGUCCAGUUUGACAUCUGAGGAAUCUGGUUCUCGUGCUGGUGUUUCACGAAUUGUCAUGCUAGCUGAAGCCUUGUUUGAGGUACUGGAUGAAAUUCAUCGACAACCAAUGUCACUUUCCUUGUCUAUGGUCUCACUUCCAGCUCCAGAAUCAGUGGUUGACUCUUUUCCUGAGAAGACUCACAGAAAGCCAGAAAAAUCGCAAAGUGGAGACGAUAAUCAGCAGUGUUACAUUUGCCUAGCUGAGUACGAGGAGGGAGACAAAAUUCGAGUUCUUCCAUGUCGCCAUGAGUAUCACAUGGCAUGUGUAGAUAAAUGGCUGAAGGAGAUUCAUGGUGUUUGCCCACUCUGCCGGGGGGAUGUUCGCGAAGGCUUCCCAGAAGGCUCUGUUUCGAACUCGGAAACCCCUUCUCUUUAG